GACUUCAGAGUCGUUCACCAUCAAAGAACCAUGGCGUACGUUUUCCGACAAGCUACAAGUGACGAUUGCGAAGUCCUCAUGAGCCUAAUACAGGAAAUCGCCACAUACCAUCACUUACAGGAUGAUGUAACGAUAAAUGCUCAAGUUUUAAAAGCAGAUGGAUUUGGCGAGGACCCCUUCUACAAAUGCAUACUGGCUGAACUGCCUGUCGAAAAUGGAUGCAAGAAAGCUUCUCCCGUAGGCUACGCACUGUACUUUUUUGGGUACAACGUCAAUCAUGGGAGGAUGGUAUACCUGGAAAAUCUCUACGUGGUGUCUGAAUUCAGAGGCAAAGGAAUUGGGAAACAAUUAAUGGCCAAAGUCGCAGAGGUUGCCCUCGCUGCCGGCUGCAUGGACAUGAAGUUCAUGACCAUGGAAUGGAAUCGCAGGGCGAAGGAAUUUUACCUCCGCCUCGGGGCGCACGACACCACAGAGUCAGAGCAGCUUCACUGCAUGGAGCUCGGGACGGACGCCUUGCGAAGGCUGGCACAGGAUGGGAAAGAGCCUUGAGGCUGAGCGUAGGCCUGAGUGGGACCGCAGGUGGC